CGAGUAGGCUACAGCGCAUGCGCCGGGCGUGGCCCCGCCUCCCUGCACCGCACGGCUCGCGGGUCGCAUUCCGGGGUCGGAUUCGCUGGUUUCCCUCAGCCUUCCAUGCUGCGGCGGCUGCGGGGCACCCUGGGAUAGCGGCGGCUCGCCGGAUCUUGGCCCUUUCCAAGCGCUCCUGAUGCCUCAUAUGCCUCUGGCUUCUUUUCGAUCACCACUCUGGGGGCUGAGGCCGUCACAGGUCUUUCCCAGAUCGUAUCCCCUCUCUACCCAGUCAAAGCCCCAUGGAUCCUCCCUCUCCCGGAGAAACCAUGAAGCCAAGAAGAAGCGCCAGCGAGAAAAGCAGGCGGUGCUGGAGGCUGGGGUAGCCCGGAAGAGCAAGUUACCUGCAGAAUCCAGUAAGUCCUGGACUCCUAAGGAGGUGGUGGUGUAUGAAAUUCCCACAGAACGCGGUGAAAAGAAAGAUGUCUCCCGGGUCCUGCCUCCUGCAUACAGCCCUCGAUAUGUUGAGGCUGCCUGGUACUCUUGGUGGGUGCGAGAGGGCUUCUUCAAACCAGAAUAUCAGACCAGGCUGCCCCAGGCCACGGGGGAGACGUUUUCCAUGUGUAUCCCACCUCCCAAUGUCACUGGCUCCCUACAUAUUGGACAUGCACUGACAGUGGCCAUACAGGAUGCCCUGGUGCGCUGGCACCGGAUGUGUGGGGAUGAGGUGCUGUGGGUCCCAGGCUCAGAUCAUGCGGGAAUUGCUACACAAGCUGUGGUGGAGAAGCAACUUUGGAAGGAGCGAGGAGUGAGGAGACAUGAGCUGAGCCGGGAAGACUUCCUUAGGGAGGUGUGGAAGUGGAAGGAGGAGAAAGGUGGAGAGAUCUGUGAGCAGCUCCAAGCUCUGGGGGCCUCCCUGGACUGGGACCGAGAGUGUUUCACUAUGGAUGCUGGCUCCUCAGUGGCCGUGACUGAAGCUUUUGUGCGACUCUAUGAGGCAGGGUUGUUGUAUCGGAACCAGCAGCUUGUCAACUGGUCCUGUGCUUUAAGAUCAGCCAUCUCGGAUAUCGAGGUGGAGAGCCGGCCCCUGCCUGGCCGCACGGAACUUCGUCUGCCUGGCUGCCCCAUCCCUGUGUCUUUUGGCCUCCUUGUUUCUGUGGCCUUCCCUGUGGAUGGAGAGCCUGACACAGAGAUUGUAGUAGGAACCACAAGGCCAGAGACAUUGCCUGGAGACGUGGCUGUGGCUGUUCAUCCUGAUGACUCCCGAUACACACAUCUGCAUGGGCGACAGCUUCGUCACCCCUUGACUGGGCAGCUUCUCCCCCUCGUCACAGACUCUGCUGUUCAGCCACACAUGGGUACAGGGGCAGUGAAGGUGACUCCAGCACAUAGUCUUGCUGAUGCUGAGCUGGGAGCCCGACAUGGCUUGAGCCCUCUGAGUGUCAUUGCAGAGGAUGGGACCAUGACUUCCCUCUGUGGGGAUUGGCUACAGGGUCUUCACCGAUUUGUGGCCCGGGAAAAGAUUAUGUCUGCACUGAGGGAGCGGGGCCUGUUCCGGGGCCUUCAGAACCACCCUAUGGUGCUUCCUAUUUGCAGCCGUUCUGGGGACGUGGUAGAAUACCUACUGAAGAGCCAGUGGUUUGUCCGCUGCCGGGAGAUGGGAGAUCGAGCUGCCCAGGCUGUGGAGUCAGGAGCUCUGGAGCUCAGUCCCUCCUUCCACCAGAAAAACUGGCAGCACUGGUUUUCCCACAUUGGAGACUGGUGUAUCUCCCGGCAGCUGUGGUGGGGCCAUCAGAUUCCCGCCUACCUGGUUGUAGAGGAGCAAACGAAGGGUGACAGGGAGGACUGUUGGGUGGUUGGGAGGACAGAGGCCGAGGCCAGAAAAAUAGCUUCAGAGCUGACAGGGAGACCAGCGGCAGAGCUGAUCCUGCAGAGGGACCCUGAUGUCCUGGACACAUGGUUCUCUUCAGCUCUUUUCCCCUUUGCUGCCCUGGGCUGGCCCCAAGAGACCCCAGACCUCACUCGUUUCUACCCCCUGUCACUUUUGGAAACUGGUAGUGACCUUCUGUUCUUCUGGGUGGGCCGCAUGGUCAUGUUGGGGACCCAGCUCACAGGGCAGCUCCCCUUCAGCAAGGUGCUUCUUCAUUCCAUGGUUCGGGACAGGCAGGGCCGGAAAAUGAGCAAGUCCCUAGGGAAUGUGUUGGACCCACGAGACAUCAUCAGUGGGGUGGAGCUGCAGGUGCUGCAGGAAAAGCUGAGGGAUGGGAACUUGGACUCUACAGAGUUGGCGAUCGCGGCUGCAGCACAGAGAAAGGACUUCCCUCAUGGGAUCCCUGAGUGUGGGACAGAUGCCCUAAGAUUCACCUUGUGCUCCCAUGGGGCCUUAGGGGGCGACUUGCACCUGUCUGUCUCCGAAGUCCUGAGUUCCCGGCAUUUCUGCAACAAAAUCUGGAAUGCCCUGCGCUUUAUCCUCAAUGCCUUAGGGGAGAAAUUUGUGCCCCAGCCUGCAGAAGAGCUUUCCCCUUCAUCGCCCAUGGAUGCCUGGAUCCUGAGCCGUCUUGCCCAUACUGCCCGGGAGUGUGGGCGAGGCUUCCUUGCCCAAGAGCUCUCACUUGUCACCCAUGCCCUGCACCACUUCUGGCUCCAUAACCUCUGUGAUGUCUACUUGGAGGCUGUGAAGCCGGUGCUGUUGCACUCGCCCUGUCCCCAAGGCCCCCCUCAGGUCCUGUUCUCCUGUGCUGACAUCGGUCUCCGCCUCCUCGCCCCACUGAUGCCCUUCCUGGCUGAAGAGCUCUGGCAGAGGCUGCCCCCCAGGCCUGGAGGCUCCUCUGCCCCUAGCAUCUCUGUUGCCCCCUACCCCACUGCCUGCAGCUUGGAACACUGGCACCAGCCAGAGCUGGAACAGCGCUUCUCCCGGGUCCAGGAGGCCGUGCAGGCACUGAGGGCUCUCCGAGCCACAUACCAGCUCACAAAGGCCCGGCCCCGAGUGCUGUUGCAGAGCUCAGAGCCUGAAGAGCAAGGCCUCUUCGAGGCCUUUCUGGAACCUCUAGGCACCCUGGGCCACUGUGGGGCUGUGGGCUUCUUACCCCCAGGUGUACUGGCUCCCUCUGGCUGGGCCCAGGCUCCACUCAAUGAUACCAUUCAGGUGUACAUGGAGCUGCAGGGGCUUGUGGACCCCCAGACCCAUCUAUCUCUGCUAGCUGCCCGAAGACACAAGUUGCAAAAGCAGCUUGAUGGCCUCAUGGCCUGGACCCCAUCAGAGGGGGAGACGGAGACUAAAAGGCAGCAGAGGCUUUCUUCCCUCGAGUUGGAAUUGUCGAAGCUGGACAAGGCGGCCUCUCACCUCCGGCAGCUGAUGGAUGCAUGUCCUAGCCCCAGAGAGCUCUGAGCUCCAGCUCACUAUAUGGUGGUUUUCUUCUCUUCCUGAUCUGCUUUUGAGGACAGACAGAAUCUAGCAGCUGUCAAGCAUGAUGGAGAUUCUGAGACCUUGUGGCUCACUUCCCAUAUUUCGUAAAUAAGGAAACCGAUUGGUUUGGUCAGUGUCACUGGGUGUCCUCAAGAUGCUCACAUUCCUGCCCAGCCUCCCUCUUACUCAGUCCUACCUGGAAGUUUAGGAAUGAGAUAAACUUGGUCUUUUUAUUCCUCUUUC